AGGAAAGUGAUAAAGAAGCACGUCUGAACGGAUCUUUCGCUCGGAAGACUUCGUUCGAUGCAGCAACAAACUUGACAAAACUCGAUUUGUUCCUCAGUCGCCAUCUUUGGCAUCUGGGGUGAAGUCGAUCUGAUCAUUCCUUCAAAAACCCGACUAACAAAACCACUGCCAGCCUCUAGCACAAGAGCGGCCAGCGAUUGACUUCCUGUCUCUCGUGUGCAUAAGUGUUUGCCCGACAAGGAAAAGACAGAAAGAGCGAAAGGGUGAAGGAGCUGGCGAUCGCAAAAACCCCUUGGGAUCCCUUUCCUCACUUCGUGACAACAGAAGACCCAACCCAACCUACCCUCCGUGUUGGUUUGUUUGGCGGGAGUGAACACAUCAAAAGCUCUAUCAAUGGAGAACUCCACGACGACGCAGCUGUGUGCUUUGGAGGCGUAUCUCCCACCCUCUUUUCUCGUCAACGUGCUCGCAUUCUUGGAUGUGGCGUCUCGAUUCCGAUUUGCUGCCUCUUCUCGCGCCUUUCGUGAGAUUGUCUUUGGACCCGAACAGCAAGAACGCGGCAUUGACGAUUCGGUCAAGUCCAUCUGGGCAUACAUGGAUUUUUCUACCUGCACGCAGCGUGAUCGAGACCGACUGACGGAUUAUGAAUUACGACUCAUUCUCAAGCGAGUGAAUGCCCUUGAAUUCACCAAGGGAUUAUUCCUCGAAGCAUGCGUCAAUUUGACGGGCAUUGGCUUGGCGGGGUUGCACGGUUCCAAUGUUUUGGAGGAAAUUACGAUGGUUUCCCGGAAUCUCAACGUGUCCAAGGAGUUUCUGGAUCGCAUAUUCCGCCCCAUGGCGGCUCGGAAGCUCUGCUAUAUCAAUAUCCAAUCCAUGUACGCCAAUGGAACCAUGAAUUGGAAAAUGGACAGUCGACGCCAGUUGGAACCUUGCCGAAGAUGCGGUAUUUGGAAAUACGAUUGCGCCCUGUCGCCUUGCUACAAAUGUGGCACACACCUUUGUCACUCCUGCAGUUCCCCCACCACUAGAUUCAACAAGUGUGCACUUUGUGCGGCCAUGAUGGUGUGCCUCCCUUGCUAUGAUCGAUACCACCGAAGGGGCACUAGUAUUGUUUUGCACCGAUUUUGCAAGCCCUGCAAAACCAACUUGGAAGCUGGCGUUUGGACGAAGAACCGCUCAAACCAACUUGGAGGUGGCUGACGUUUGGGAAGAACCGCUCCAUCCGACCUGGACGAAAAUGUUGGGGACGAGGAUGUUGGGUGGGCUUGAUAAAUUUAUAUAAACCUGAUGUUGUUACAUGUGGGAUGUAUUGAUGCAGGAACUGGUUGGAGGAGGAGAAAUAAAUGGCACACGGGAAAGACUGUUGUCGGAGCGGAA